GGAGGUCCAUGAUGAUGAAUUCUGCCCUUCAUGUCUCCCCUUCAAUACCUUAUCUUUCUCUUAAAGCCAAGCCUUCCAUUCUCUCUCACGAAUCGAGAAAUACACACGAUUUGAGGUCCAAGGAUGAAAUCUGUUGGGCAAAGAGAGCAUUUUCAAGCUUAGCAUGUGUGGCUCUGGUAGGGUUCGGAUUAGGGUUUUCAGAUGGUCAAGACAAUGUAUCAGCCUAUGCAAGAGAGAGAUUAAAUGUAAUUUCUAAUGGUGAGGGGAAAACAUUGAGAUGGAGUGAGAGAAGAAAGUGUCCUCAGUGGCACAUGAAUUCUCUAGAGAGAAUAGUGCCUGAGAACCUCCCCAGGGCACCAAAUCAUGGUGGUUUUGCAAACAAUGUUCCUCGUUCUAAGAGCAGUGCUAAUGGUGAAUCUACUCCAUUUCUUCUCUUGGAUGAGAGUUGUUUCUCUCUCUAGAAUUGUUUCUCUCUCUCUAAAGGGCGAGGUUUACAUAAAGUUCCCUCUGUAUAUUAUAGAAUAAAGACGGGUGCUUUUAUGAAGAUUUAGUUUCGGUGUCAGAAACUUCAUAAUGGUUAGAACUUUUGUAUUCAACCAUAGUUAUAGAAUUGAAAGUUUGAAAACUGGUAUGGAUGGGGCAGAUUUAUAAUCAUUUGAAAAUUUAUA